AUGUCUCCCGAAUACGCAAUGGAGGGGAUAUUCUCGGUAAAAUCGGAUGUUUUCAGCUUCGGGGUUUUGGUUCUUGAGAUUGUCAGUGGAAAGAGGAACAGAGGAUUCCACAACUCCGGCCAAGACAAUAAUCUUCUCGGCUACACGUGGGAGAAUUGGAAAGAAGGAAAAGGGCUAGAGAUCGUCGAUUCGAUAAUUGUAGAUUCCUCAUCAUCAAUGUCAUUGUUCCAACCACAUGAAGUCUUAAGAUGCAUACAGAUUGGUCUUUUAUGUGUUCAAGAACGUGCAGAGGACAGACCAAAGAUGUCGUCGGUGAUUGUCCCGUUUUGUACUCGAUGA